UCGUAUGAACUAGACGUUUCGCGCCUGUUUCCCGCCAAAAUUUCGCGGUUAGAAUCAACUUUUCGAAAAGUGAUAAUUUUGACUUUAGUAUUUUGUGCCAGUUUUUUUGUGAUACUUGAAAGAAUAAUCGGAUACAACGAUGUGAGUCGAUCGAUUUGGACGUCUAUUGUAAACUUACUCUAUAAUGAAUGUAGUGGUCAUAAACUAUAGACAUAAUGUACUCAACAAAAUGACAAUGCGCCAGUGAAUUCAAGAUGGCGGACGCUUUUGGCGGGAAGGUCGCGUUCAGUGUCCUAAUUUUGGCUGUUUUUGUGGACAGUGCCAUCAGUCAAGCGGCUUGGGUCGAGGAAAAUGAGGACUUGGUGGACUUUGUUCCAGUGUCAACUAUGGACGUUGAAGCGGUGGUGGGGCGGACCGCCUCGCUGCCGUGCGACAUCGAACCUGACACCAAUGAGGACCGCGUCUACAUGGUGCUCUGGUUCAGGCAUUCGGGCGGGAAGCCCUUGUACAGUUUCGACGUACGCGGCCGCAGCUUCAACAAAGCCCUCCACUGGUCGGAUCCGCUGGCAUUCGGCAGACGAGCAUAUUUCGUCACCAUGUCCCGACCUUCGUCCCUCACGGUGGAUGCCGUACAGCUGGAUGACGAAGGCAUCUACAGAUGCAGAGUUGACUUCAAGAAUUCACCAACUAGAAACUUUCAGAUACGACUCAACGUUGUAGUGCCGCCACAUCAGCUGCUAUUGUACGACGAAGCAGGACGAGACGUUGCUGGUGUGGUGGGGCCUUUAGAAGAAGGCGGCAACUUCACGCUACUCUGCGAACUGAGGGGAGGACGUCCUCAACCAACUUUAACCUGGUUGAUCAACAACAAACCAAUUGAUGACCACACGGUCCUGAAGAAUGAUGGCAAGGUCAUCAUCAGUCGGAUCAGCGUGGGAGGCGCUGAAAGGAGCUGGUUGAACACCAGUAUAAGAUGCCAAGCCACAAAUACUCCAUUAUUAAGUCCUCAUGAAAGAACUGCCAGGGUCGAGAUGAGAUUGCGACCUACAUCUGUUAUGAUCACUAAUAAGCCAGUACAGAUGUCAGCCGACACAGAAACAGUGCUGGUCUGCGUGUCGCACGGCAGCAGACCACCAGCGCAAAUUACAUGGUACAGGGAGAACAGGAAAUACACUAGAGGAAAGCAUAAUGAAUACACAAAUGAGACGACUACUGUAAGCCGUCUAACAAUGCUGCCGCAGCCAGAAGACGAUGGCGCGGUCAUCCGAUGUCGAGCUGACAACCCGGUUCUGAGCGUCGCUCUAGAAGACUCUUUUAGAAUGACAGUUGUUUACAGACCUGUGUUAGCGAUGUCACUGGGAAGUACACUGAACCCCAACGAUAUAAAAGAAGGGGAUGAUGUCUACUUCGAAUGCAACAUCCGAGCCAACCCGAAGGAGCACAGGAUCUCGUGGUACCAUAACGAUGUCCAAGUAAGUCAGAACAUGUCAUCAGGAGUGUUCAUCAGCACCAAGUCCUUAGUACUCCAAAGAGUGACCAGAGGGGACGGUGGACUGUACACCUGCAGAGCUGCCAACCAAAUGGGCGAGUCGAGCAGCCAAGCUGUUUAUCUCAGAGUGCAAUAUACACCGGUAUGCGCGCAGCCAUCGCCAGUUCUGAUUGGGGCACGUCUGGACGAGCCUCUGAGGGUCCGGUGCACGGUGAGCGCGGACCCUGCAGACGUUUCCUUCUACUGGCAGUUUAACAACAGUGGCGAAAGCUUCCAGGUCUCACCUGCCAGAUAUGUGUCAACAGGAGGCACAGCUAGUGAACUGCGGUACCGCGCCGCUAGCGAGAGAGACUACGGCGCGUUGUUAUGCCGCGCUACAAAUGCAGUUGGCAGGCAGAAGAGGCCGUGUGUGUUCCAAAUUGUUCCUGCAGCUCGACCUUCGUCACCGAGGAACUGUACAGCAAACAGGAUAUUGAAGCAUGGUGAAGCGUACCUGACAGUCAGGUGUAUAGCUGGAUACGACGGCGGCCUUCUCCAGCACUUCACGCUUGAUGCUCUGAGUGACACCAGCAGAGUGCUGGUCAAUACCACUGCAGUUUCAUUAGAUUUAGUGGUAUGGCUGAAUAUAAGCUGGUCAGAUUUAGAGACGUUGACAGAAGAGGAGGUCCUGGCUGUGACCGCUCGCAACAGUAAAGGUGCUUCCGAGCCUGUACUGCUAAGGGACCUGGUGUUCAGGGACGCUGCCAAGAGAACUGAGAGUACCACUCACGCUAGUAGCAAUUUUCCUGCUGCGGCUGCAUUGGCGGCAUUAGCCGCCCUGCUCACAGCUGUCGCGGCGAUAAUUGCACUGACAUUACGCAGACGUAACGACAAUGCAACGAGUAGUAAGCGACCCUCGCAGAGCGUGGUGCAGGUGGAUGCUCAAGGCCGAAGGUACCUGAUUGCGUACCCAGCGCCAGCUGAUAAGCUGGAAAGUAAACCAGAUAUACUGAACCCGAAGUCUGACAAUGAACCUCCUCGCGUGGUGUUAGAAUCAAGUGAUAACAAGAACUACACCAUCAGGGAGGCAGGGAAAGACGCACAGAAGUCGGCGUACAGCCCGCCGCUUACUGAAGACGAAAUGAUGCCACAAAGAUAGCAAAGGGACGGAAUUUUCAGCGCCGUGUAAAUAUUACGAAUGCUAAUUGUAAAUCCAAAGAAUGCCAACAAUAUUGUUGUAAGAGUAAUAGGUACUAAUGAAUUCUUCCAUAUCAAUUUAAUAUGAUGUUUAUGAUUGUCUCAAUAAGGCUGUAUUUCCUAUUGAACGUUGCGUUUCACGUGUACUAUUGAAAUGAUUUUGUUAAUUUCCAAAUUUGUUUCGGAAUUCAAUGAAUUUAUCUCAAAGAUUCGCCUUAAUGAUAUAAUCUAAA